AUGAAGAAUAACAGCAGUAUGAUUAAACAGCCACCAUUUUUGAAGAGAUUUUUAAAAAUGCUUAAAUCUCAAGAUGCAUUCGGGCAUAAAAUAACAUUGAACUACUAAAAUUAACCAACAUUUAAAAGUACUUUCGGGGGUAUUGUGACUGUCAUACUUAGAAUCCUCAUCUUUGGCUAUUUUCUAUCAAACUUAGUAACAGUUAUCAACAGGUCACAAAGUGCAAUUGUUAAUUCACUAUACAAGAGAGAUUUAUCAUUUGAUGAUACAGCUUUUGAUUUGAGUAGAGAAAACUUUGAUAUGGGCAUAUUUAUUUCCUACUUUGGAAAGAGGGAUGGAAAUAUUUAAGAAAAUAUCCACACAUAUUUCACUACCUAGAUAUUCUAAGUCUUUUUUGAAGAUGAUCCUAAUACAUGGGGAACAGGCAGUGAUUGGUAGUAAACUGAAAUAGAAUUAUAAUUGUGUGAUGAAUCAAGAUUUCUUGGUGAGAAAAGGCAAGCUAAGCUAAUCAACAUUACUGGGAACUACUUAUGCCCUGACAAGGAAUUCAAUUUAAAAUUAGCUGGUGGUACAUCAUCAAAGUCAGCCUAUAUUAUUUAUGUAACUGUUGAUUACUGUAAUUAAGAUGUACUAGAUAGAAGGUAUCCGAAUCAAAAUUUAAAAUGCAAAUCUCACAAUGAGUCUGACGAGAUAAUGCCAUUCAUGAAUAUAUUCUUCUCAUACUUGACUCAAUACUUUGAUCAUAACAAUUACUCUCAAUAACCAAUAGUAAACAACAUCUAGAACAAUUAUUGGCCUCUAAAUAAGUACAUUAGUAACAAUCAAAUGAUGAAAUAUAGUAAAAACAAGGCCAUAACAAAAGACUCCUGGCUUACCACUAAUUUAUUCAAUGACGAAUUCACAUAUUUCUCAGGGAGACUUGACUAUACAUAAAUCGGAACUAGAUAUUUGGAUGCUGGAUGGAGUCUAUUCAGUGUAGAGAUUGAUAUGGAUGAGAGUUACGUAUCUGUUGAUAGGACGGUUAUGACUAUGCUAGAUGCAUUUUCAAUUGUUGGAGGACUUAUGGGAAUCGCCUUCACUUUCGUUCAGUUCUUUAUGGAACGUAUUCAGGAGAACUUGUUUCUUUCAUCAAUUAUUAGCAAGAUCUUCUACCAAACAAGUGAAGAUAGAGAUAUUAAAAUAGAUGACAACUACGUUUCUGGCACUAUCUCACCUUUGUUUAGACCAACAACUAUAAAAUGCUCACCACAAGAUUCUUCUGCGUCUCUAAGUUAAAAUUUGAGUGGUGAUAGAAAUCAUUUAAAUGAAAGCAUUUUCAGGUUUAUCAAAAAUCUGAAGAAGUUUAAGUUUACUUUUAAGGAUCUAAUGAAAUAUUCACUUAGAAAUACAUGCUGCAGAAUUUUUCUGGGGAAUAUUGGAAUGAACAAAAAGAAAAUAUAAAAAUAUUAAAUGUACUUGAAAGCUAAGAAUAAUAUCGAGAAUGAAUUCGAUAUUGUUAGAGUUAUGAAAACAAUGAGAAGAGUCGAUCUGAUAUUCAAAACAAUGUUUUCUCAAUACCAAGCAUUUUUCAUUCCAAUCUUAAGGUACAAUGUUUUAUCACCAAAUGAUACGGCUUUAAAAGAAGCUGAUUUCAACUAGAGAGAGAUAUAGUUGAUAAAAAAGAUUGAAGAUGAUUAGCUGAAGAUUUUCAUCAGCUAGUUAAUAGUGUAAAGUCAAAGCUAGAAGAUAGAUAAAAGAAUAUUGAAGCAUCUUAGUGAUGAAUUUAGAGCAAUUCUAGACAUUGAAAAGAAAAAUGAUGAUUUCACAAAAAAUAAUAAGAUAGCUAAAUCUGUUAGGAUCACAUUUUUAAAAAGGCUUUAGUAGAGUAUAGAUGUAAAUAAAACUUAAGCAAUAGAUGAAGAAGAUUGGAAAAUCUGA